AUGCUUGUAGACAGAUCGCCUACACGAGGAACAGACGUUCUGGGCGCUGGCACAACCCAAAAUCAGCCCGGUAGCAACCAGACACCCCAAGGACGCGAGCCCAACGGCGGAGUUUCAAUGAUAUCUUCUCGCCAUAUCGAACUGCCGCCAUUUUAUCAGGCCGAUCCACGGCUAUGGUUCGCCCAGGUAGACCUAGUUUUUGCUAACUACAAUAUAACGUCUGAUAUCACAAAGUUCAAAUACGUUGCCACACAAUUGUCCGGCGAAGCUCUGCGUAGCGUGUCCGAUCUCGUUAUAAAUCCGCCCGCUCAAAAUAAAUAUGAAAGCAUCAAGCGGCGCGUUAUGUCCGCCUAUGAUAAAGGAGAUGAAGCACGCCUCCGACGCCUACUCCGUGGCCACGAAAUGCGUGAUGAGAAACUGACGGCUUAUUUACAUCGUUUACGAGCCCUCGCAGGGGACCAGUGUGGAGACGCCGUCAUCCGCUCUCUGUUCUUUAAGCAGUUACCAGAAGCUGCUCGAGCAAUACUUGCAAUCUCCGACACAUCAGAUCUCCAGCGGUUAGCAGAGAUGGCUGAUAAGGCACUAGACGUGAUGAGACCAAUGAUGGCAGCAACCCAAAUCGUGCCUGCAAAGAGUCCAAACACACAGGCUACCUCAGGUACGCAGUCUACAUUAGAAGAGUUACUUAACGCACUCACAUUACAGGUCUCAAAAAUACAGAAACAACUAGAUCGCAACAAACGAUUCCGUCGCUCCCGUAGCAGAGGAAGAAAAAACCAACCUAGAGCAUUGACACCUGCACCUACGCAUUCAAAUAAGCCUGAGUUCUGUUACUAUCAUAAUAGAUUUGGUGCCAGCGCAAGGAAGUGCCAGAACCCUUGUACGUGGACUCAAGGAGCUAAGCCGCAGGAAAACUAG